AUGUCGUGUUCUGUGCAGAACGAUGUCAAUCCAUCAAACUGUGGUCGCUCAACUUUCAAAGGUAAUCUAAAUCUACAAGAACGUCUCCAAGAUCUAUGUGCUUCAGAUUCUUGUUACAUUUCUCGAUCAGUGCCAUGGAAUUAUCACGGGUCAUUGUCAAAGAACGGAGCUUUUCUUUACAUCCGCAUCGCUGAUCAGUUUCUGCCCUAUAAGGUUCUGUCAGUGCUUACUGCUUGGUCAAUUCUACCUUCCACUUCUAUUCAAACCUAUGAAUUCACUAAUGAGAAUACCAAAGCGUCAACAACUCGGGCAUCUGUUUUCCCCUCUGUCUUGAUUGACUCUAACGACCAUUUCAAAACUUGA